GCUAAAAUGGCCGUGGUCCCGGAGCAACCAUACAACGGUUCUGUCCCACCGUUAAACUCGCCUCCUGCAAGCUACGAACAGGACGACAGGGUUGCACUGUCGGGCGAGUUAAGGAACAUCCGUAGCAUGAUCCGCCUCACCAAAGAAAAUUUGGAGGCUCUCAAUGCCAAGUUUUCAGCCUACCAGCACCCUCCGUCUAUGUAUAUACUGGAAUACCAGGACCUGACGGGGCGCCUGAACGAGUUCCAGUUGCGUGAGCAAACACUGCUGGACCGCAUCUGCACCAUGAAUGGCAACUGUUCACCAGACCAUGGGGGGGACACAGACACGGAGGAUGCACCCAUCAGGGCUUCCCCUCUGACAUCGCAACAAACUGCAGGGGACAGCACGAAGGAUGUGCCGAAAUCUCCCAUGAAGUCAGUAGUACGGGCAUUUUUACCAAACCAGCAAAGAACAACUGUUCAGGUGCGGCCUGGCCAGACAGUGAUGGAGGCACUGUCCAAGGCGAUGAAACGAAGGAAGCUCACCACCGAGAUGUGUGUGGUGUUCAAAUGCAGCACAAGGGCGGUCGUGGACUGGAGUGAGGAUGUGAGCCACAUCGAGGAUGACGAUAUUCAGGUGGAGAUCAAGGAGAAGUUCCCCGUCACCACGAGCAUCUCGCACAAUUUCGUGCGCAAGACGUUCUUCUCGUUGGCGUUUUGCGAGUGCUGCCGCAAGCUGCUCUUCCACGGCUUCCGGUGCCAGACGUGUGGCUACCGCUUUCACCAACGAUGUGCCUCCAGUGUUCCCAAGUUGUGUCAGCCAUUACGGGUGGAGAGUGACUACUAUAAACACCUGCUGGCCAUGCCAGACAUGGUGGGUGGCCCCCAGUACGAGUCAGGUGUGUACCCGCCCUUCAUGCCCCCUCCCGGUGGAGGGGGAGAGCCUGUCCUCUCACCCACCAGUGCACCCCUGAGCGUCCCACGGACACACCCGCCCCCCCUGGGUCAGAGGGAGCGCUCCACAUCUGCACCCAACGUUUGCUACAACCUAGUCUCCGGGUCGGACUUCUCCGCUGAGGAUUUUGCCAGCCGCUACAGGUCACACAACUCUUCUGCAGAGUCAUCGCCGCAGGCAGCACGCAGCUUUUGGUGCAAUGGCUUCCCGUCCUUGUCGUACUCCCCUCCACCCCGCGGGACCCCUUCGUCAUCAUCCCACCACCUGACCCUGCCCCAUCCAUCAGGGAGCGCCUACAAGCGGCACGCCUAUGCGUACGCCUCACAGAGGGCGCCACCAUCGGGAGGUCUGGCACCUCCUCAGAGUUCAUCAAGUCCCAGUGGUAGCCCAACGAGGACACAAAGUGCUCAAGGUUCGCCUACAAGUGCUCACAAGACAUGCCGACCGCGGGCACGGUCUGCUGACGAAAGCUCCAAAAAGGCCAUCACUCAGCAGAAGCCUGCACGAGAGUCCAUUGAGGACUGGGAGAUCAUGCCUGACGAAAUACUCACAGGACCACGUAUAGGCUCAGGCUCCUUUGGUACUGUCUACAGGGGGCACUGGCACGGGCACGUUGCUCUCAAGAAGCUGAAUGUGACAAACCCAACACCUGCACAGCUGCAGGCUUUCAAGAACGAGGUCUCCGUCUUACGAAAAACGAGGCACGUGAGCAUCAUCCUCUUCAUGGGCUGUGUGUCCAAGCCGCAGCUGACCAUUGUGACCCAGUGGUGCGAGGGGUCCAGCCUGUACAAGCAUCUGCACGUGCUCGAGUCAAAAUUCGAGAUGCUGCAGGUCAUCGACAUUGCCAGACAGACUGCACAGGGCAUGGACUACCUUCAUGCCAAGAACAUCAUUCAUAGAGACCUUAAAUCAAACAACAUAUUCCUCCAUGAUGACCUGACUGUGAAGAUUGGUGAUUUUGGCCUAGCCACAGUGAAGGCGCGAUGGAGUGGCUCCCAACCAUUCAGCCAGCCAACUGGGUCUAUCCUGUGGAUGGCUCCCGAAGUGAUCCGCAUGAAGGACCCAAACCCAUACUCAUUCCAGUCGGACGUGUAUGCCUUUGGCAUUGUGUUAUACGAGCUCAUCACUGGCCAGCUGCCUUACUCCCACAUCAACAACAAGGACCAGAUCCUGUUCAUGGUGGGUCACGGCCUGUUGCGUCCAGACCUGAGCAUAGCUCGCAAGGACACGCCAAAGGCUCUGAUUCGUUUUACCGAGGACUGCAUCAAGUUCAACCGAGAUGAGCGACCCCUCUUUCGACAGAUGUUGGCCUCACUAGAGUCACUAAUGCGGUCACUACCCAAGAUCCACCAGAGCACUUCAGAACCCACGCUGAACCGAACCCACCUGCAGUCCGAAGACUUCCUCUACGUGUGCGCCUCACCGAAGACGCCCAGCCAGUUUGGUGCAUUUCCUUUUUUCUCCACGACGGGCAACUUCUGAAGCAUGUUGUCCUCAACGUGGAAAACGUUGCUCCCUCGUGCUCAACGAGCCUCUCGACGUGAACAGGUUGGAUAGGCUUUGGAAAAUGUCUGUUGCGUGGAACCUGCUUCGACCGGAGUUCUUUGCCAAGCCGACAGUGUGACACCACGCAUGGGCGUGCAUAGCACAUGGCUCACUUUUUGAGUUUGUGGUGAGGGGUUGAUGGCAUCGAAACAAGAAGUCCACCAACAAUCGCACGUUGGCCAAUUGAAGCUGCGAAGUGGCGUAUAAAACUGGAGCAGCGAGUGAGGACACAAGCAGGGCUGCAGUGUGCAUCUCAAGUUGGUGUGUGCUCAAGUGCACCGUCUAUACGUUCUGCCCGUCUGUGCAAGUUGAGGAAAGGAUGUCAUUGCCAGAACAAUGCUGGGAUUGUGUCUGUACCGGUGUGUGCAGAGACAUUGCUUGUCACACUGGGUGCAGUGGAGCACUGCUCUUUAACUCUGUGAUCUGUGUACAGCGAGUGUUGUAACAUAGGAAAAAAAAAAAAAAACUUAUGGUAGGGAAAUGUAAAGUGCAACAACAACAAUAAAAAAAAAGAACUUCUGGAGAAGACUAAAAGGGAAGAACACAGACUACUGCUUUUAAUUAGUGUUGCUUGUGUGCUGUAUAUUUUAAUUCCAUUUCCUCCUCAUCCUGUGUUGUGUUCUCAAGUCCUGGCAAGGUUCAUUGCAACAUCGGACGCGCUGUACAACGAGCAGCUUUAGAGUGUGUGCCACGCCUGGGAAACUGCCUGCCGAGAGUUCGUUACCGAACGUUUGGCACAAAUGGUGGCUUGUAGAGUGGAGAACCUUUGUGAUGCUGAGGGAUCUGCAUAUCCCGAAGAAAUCGGAGGGAGAGAGCUGUAAUAAACAAAUCAAAACAGUUCA